CCAGUCGCCCCGCGAGGCAGACUCGAGCCGGGCGGCGCAGGCGCAGUGUCCCCGGGCCAAGAUGGCGGCGCGGUGUUCCACACGCUGGUUGCUGGUGGCAGCGGGGACCCCCCGGCUGCCGGCUGCAGCGGGGAGAGGGGCCCGGCCGCUCAGGGAGGGCGUGGUGGGGGCGUCCCUGGGCCGCAAGCAGAGCGUCACUGCCUUCUCGCCUUCCCUGGGCGCUCGUGGUCCUUGGGCUCUGCUGACAUUGAGACCCGGUGUCAGCCUCACAGGAACAAAAAGUUACGCUUUUGUUUGUACUGCCUUCUUCCACACGAGCGCCCCUUUGGCAAAAGAAGAUUAUUACCAGAUAUUAGGAGUGCCCCGAAAUGCCAGCCAGAAAGAGAUCAAGAAAGCCUAUUACCAGCUUGCCAAGAAAUAUCAUCCUGACACAAAUAAGGAUGAUCCCAAAGCCAAGGAGAAGUUCUCCCAGCUGGCAGAGGCCUAUGAGGUUUUGAGUGAUGAAGUAAAGAGGAAGCAGUACGAUGCCUAUGGCUCUGCUGGCUUUGAUCCUGGUGCCAGCAGCUCUGGGCAGAGCUACUGGAGGGGAGGCCCCACUGUGGACCCUGAGGAGCUGUUCAGGAAGAUCUUCGGGGAGUUUACAUCAUCCUCAUUUGGAGAUUUCCAGAGUGUGUUUGAUCAGCCUCAGGAAGAAACCAUAAAUACGGGCCCUUUUGUGAUGCGUUCCACAUGUCGAAGAUGUGGUGGCCGUGGCUCCAUCAUCAUAACUCCCUGUGUGGUCUGCAGGGGAGCAGGACAGGCCAAGCAGAAGAAGCGAGUGGUGAUCCCCGUGCCUGCAGGAGUUGAGGAUGGCCAGACUGUGAGGAUGCCUGUAGGAAAGAAGGAAAUUUUCAUCACUUUCAGGGUGCAGAAAAGCCCUGUGUUCCGGAGGGACGGCGCAGACAUCCACUCUGACCUCUUUAUUUCUAUAGCCCAGGCUGUUCUCGGGGGGACAGCCAGAGCCCAGGGCCUGUACGAGAUGAUCAACGUGACGAUCCCCCCUGGGGUUCAGAUAGACCAGAAGAUUCGGAUGAGUGGGAAAGGCAUCCCCCGGAUUAACAGCUAUGGCUAUGGAGAUCACUACAUCCACAUCAAGAUAAGAGUUCCAAAGAGGCUAACAAGCCGGCAGCAGAGCCUGAUGCUGAGCUACGCUGAGGAUGAGACGGACGUGGAGGGGACGGUGAAUGGUGUCACCCUCACCAGCUCUGGUGGCGGCACCACGGAUAGCUCCGCAGGAAGCGAGGCUAGGCGUGAGGCUGGGGAGGACAAGGAGGGAUUCCUUUCCAAACUUAAGAAAAUGUUUACCUCCUGAUCUCCCAGCCGAGGAAAACGAUCCACUGGAAACUAGACCAGGAAGCAGUUGCCCUUCCACUUGGCCAAGGCGCCUAGGAGACAGGAGGAUCCAGAACAGCAGCCCUGAGCUCCCGCCUGCAGAGCCUUCUGGACUGUCUUGCAACAGCAGAAUCACGUGACGACACAUCUCUCCCCGGAAAGGUCACAAUGGACAGCCCCCAGUCAGUAAGCUGCAGCACUCUGAGGGCUGGUAGAGCUUUCCUGUCCACGGGUAGGUGACUCAGCCUCUUCUGGCUCAGGCAGAGUAAGACAGUUGGACUCUUGCAGUACUAAAAGUCUAAUUUGGAAUUGAAUGUGCUGCAGAUCUUAGUUAAAAAUUAAAGGCCAUCCUUACAGCUUAAAAAUGAAGCCUUAAGCUGCACCAAGUCAUGAAGUGAUUACUUUCCUCUCAGCAAACCUCCAGGAGGUUCCAGGAUGGGUCCUUGCUGACAGAUUGUCUUCACCGGGAACCUGGGGCCCCCAGGCCCCACCAGCACCAUCCUCCCCUGACAGGUUCUGCCAAGGCAUCGGUCGCUCUGCUUGGAGUUUGUUUUUAAUUCCCAAAGGUACCAGGCAGCUGCACAGUGGGUGCUUGGGGGCCUGGGAGGCACAUACAAAGGCCCUUAGGGUCCCUGGGAGUUCCCCUCCUGACCACAGGGGUGGUGGCUGAUCCUUGUCAGGAUGGUCAUCUUCCUUCCUGCCUCAUUCAGGGUGGCGCCUGUCCCCGACUGUUCAGUUCUGUUGUUCUACGCCAGGUGUGGUGGGGCUCCUGCCCUUCUGCUGAGCCACAGCCGCCGUGGCCACUGUGCCGGGCAGACUCCAGCUGCCUCAGGCAGGCACUCGGAGCCCUGCCACCGCCGCCAGCCGGGGCUUGGUUCUCCCAUGUACUCUGCUGACGUCUGUUUUCCAAAGGGUGUUUAGAUUAUUCAGUGCUAAUCAUUGUCUUUUCCUGUGUAAAUGUUUGUUCAGAAAAGGAACGCACAGCCUAAGCAGUGGAAGGUUCCCCACCUUUUCAGCCAGAGCGAGACACCCAUUGCCCCAGCCUCUCUGGUAGCACGUUUCGGUUUCCCUGUUUCAGGAUCCUUGAGCUAUUGUAACAAAGGUCAAUGAAGAACACUUCUCGAGAGUUUCCUUUCUGUUUUCCUUUACAAUUCACUAAAAUAAAGCAUCUAGUAGUGUCUGAUUUAAGAAUGUAAAAUGAUUCUGUAUUAAUGUAAAUAAGAUUAUCUACUGCAAAAAGAUAUUUAAAACCUAAA